AUGGAUGAUUUCAACAUUGCAGGAUCUCAAUCAUAUGUGAAUAUUGGAGGACUUGGAUUAGAAAUUCUACAAGAGGGCGGGACUCCAGCUGAAGCAAUGCAAAGCAUGUUGAUGAGCGUUGUACUUGCAGACUACCAGCGUUCUGUUUUCACGGAAGUUCCCAAUGGCACAACGAGCAGUACAGCCGCCUUACGUAGCUUUUUUAUCACAACCCAGGUGCCUGGAGGCAAUGGACGAACUACAGCCAACCCCGCCGGAGCGACACGAUCGUACGUUAUAGUCAUAGUCGCCACAGCUAUACACAGCGGCGCCGUACUUGUAAUCCUUGUGCUAUUUAUCACAAGCACCAAAAACACCCUUAUAUGGGAGAGCUGGCAUAUGAUCGCCCAAAGUAUCAGCGCAGUCACCGAGCCUUAUCUCAACCAGGCAACUCUGGCCACCGACGCCGGGAUCAAGAAGCAAAUGAAGAUCGAUGGUACUUUUGGUCAAGCUGUGUUCAUCAGAGCCGAUGACAGUGGAGUCAGAGCUAAAGUUGGUGUUGUUAGACAACGGUCGAAGAGCACGAGAGUACAAAAGGACUCCCGGAGUGGUCUUCUGAUGGAAGAGCUGAGGUCUUUUGAGAAAUGUAGAAAAAUAGACACAUAA